AUGAACAUUCAUCUAGUCAGUUCUGAGUUAUCGCAGCUACCAUGUGGAUGCCCUUUGCUCUGAGUUGUCUGCUUCUCGCCUUCGCUGUGGACUGGACUCCAGCACUGAAGAUUGCACCGUGUACCAAUUCAGCUUAUCCGGAUUGCUUUGCUUACUGCAAGUACAAUUGCCAGGAGCGUGGCAGAAGUUGUCUCUAUCAUUGCGAGAAUGGCUGCGGCUGCGAUGAAUCGAGUAUGAUAAUGCGAAAUAACGGAGGUUGCUAUCAGCUGAUGCAGUGUUUGUUCGAAGAAGACUCCGCGGAGGAAACGAGUCCGAUGCCGGAACCCGAGAAGCCAAAAAUUCUGGAGAAGCAAAAUGUGAAUGGGGAUAAGCGACUAAUGAGGUUUUGGUGGCCUUCGUGGAUUUAUCCAACUAGGUUUCCUCCUUAUGUAACUCCUAUUUAGUGAAAAAAUGUAUUUUUGUUUGUCGACAUAAUUUAAUCGUUUGUCGAUUUUUAAUUUAAUUAAGAAAGAACGUACCAUAUUUAUAUUACUUAAUAAUAAUAAUAUGAGUAUGGAUGUAUAUUAGUUAUAUACGAAAUUGGCUAAUAUACAGUUGAAAAUUUAACAAUUUCGAAAGCUGUAACCGAAUGUGUUUGUUUUUUGUUCCUAAAAUAUACCAAAUUAAUAUGCCGCAAAAAUAAAAAAAAAUAUACCAAGGGCUUUAUUAGUCAAAGCAACUUCAACCCGUAGUAAGAAAUUGUUUUUUCCCAUUCAAAAGUUUUUCUUAAACAACU